GAAGUCGUAGGUCAGCUGCCGAAACGAAAGCUGUUUAUAUUAGCUAUGUGGUCACACCAUGGCUAACCAAGUCGUUCAUUAGGAGAUAUCCAAUUUCCCGUUUUGCUUCUUUGGAAACCGUUCACCUCCUCGUCUUGUGCACUGCGCACGUUUUAAAAAUGAAGGCCGUGGUUUUCCUCCACACUUUUUUCUGUUGGAGUUUUUUGCUUUUAGACCAAGUGACAGCGAAGAAUUCCGAAGACAUCCGUUGCAAAUGUAUCUGUCCGCCAUACAGAGAUAUCCAGGGACAGAUUUACAAGCAGAACGUGUCCCUCAAAGACUGUAACUGUCUGCAUGUUGUGGAACCAAUGCCAGUGGAUGGAAAUGACGUGGAGGCUUACUGUUUACGUUGUGAGUGUAAAUAUGAGGAGAGAAGCUCAGGCACUAUUAAGGUCACCAUCAUAAUUUACCUGUCCAUUUUGGGCCUGCUGCUUCUUUACAUGGUCUACCUGACGCUAUUGGAGCCCAUCUUAAAGAGACGCCUGUUUGGACACUCGCAACUCAUCCAAAGUGACGAUGAUGUCGGGGACCAGCAACCUUUUGCGAACGCUCACAACGUCCUGUCGCGCUCACACUCGCGUCCCAACAUGCUGAACAAAGUGGAGCACGCCCAGCAGCGCUGGCGGAGGCAGGUCCAGGAACAGAGAAAGUCUGUGUUCGACCGCCAUGUUGUCCUCAGUUAAAGGUGGAGAUGACAAAAACGCAAAAACCACAACAACGACACACUGUGACAAAGUCCGUGACUUGUAUCUCUUCCCUUUUCUCAUUUUGUGGUUUAUAUGUCCGUAUGUGUCGAGCUCAAGUACAAAAUAGAUCAAAAGUGACAGCACAAGAGAUUGCAUACAUUUUUCCCGGUGUUAUUAUUGUUGCACUAUGUUGAGCACAGACUCGCCAUGUCCCUGGGGAAUAUAUCAUGAAAAUGUGACCAAUAAAUGCCAGAUAAAAACCUUACAAGACAAUGAUUUGUUAUAUCUGCUGGCCCUGUGCCACAUUGGAUCAAAGCUGGUUCACCCUCAUAUAUUCAACACACUAAACUGCCUCUUGUAAUACAAUAUUCAGUCUUUGCUCGUCUUCAAAUGAAGGCGUUUACUUGUUGAUCGAUCUUAACAGUCGUGUAAUAUAUUUGGCAAUUUCAUUGAACUUAGUUGCUGGUGCAGGUGAUCUCUGACAGAAAGUGUGCUUUUUAUCUGUAAAUCUAUUUUUACUGUUUGGACCUCAAGUGGAUUCUACAUUGGAGCAGGAAGUCGAUCUCUGACGCCAAAUGUGAACUUAAUGACAGAGACGGAAAAGAGAUGUAUAAGCGUUUUUUGGAUUGAGUUCCUUUUACCGAGCUCCUAAAUACCAUGUGUAGUUGGACGGCGGCCACUGAAGCGUCACACUGGAGUUAUUGUAGUAACUGAUCCUGGGAGGCCUCAGAAAGUGUUCUUAACCAUUGUACGUGUGUUACCUUUUAACUUUGAAAUAAAUUGAUGUGAAUAUUUGUGAUUCUUG